ACUUUUAUUAUCUUUCUAUGUCCCUUUGAACAACAUCAAAGAAGAGAAAAAGAAAAAGAAAAAGAACUCUUGUGUAUAUACUAUAUACCAACUUGCAUAUACAAAAUUAAUAAUAGCCUCUCACAUUUUUCUCACACCCUUCUUUACAUAUAUAUCUAAACCAACACUUUCACUUCAUAAAACUAAUCUUCUUUCUUUCUAUAAAUACUAAUUUAUACUUUUUAUUAUAGAGAUAAAAAAAUGCCUUCAGCGGUUCAGUUUCAAAGAUACAACCCUGAAAUGGCCACCGUUAAUGCCAUGACUAACGGCGUUAACUGUUCAAAACAAGGUCGUUACGUUACCGUAACCGUACCAGAAACGGUUACAAACCACCACGACGCGCACAUGGUGGGACCGAACCAGUGCUACUCCGUCGUGAUCCAAACGAUCAACGCCUCCGUUUCAACCGUCUGGUCCGUGGUUCGACGAUUCGAUAAUCCGCAGGGAUAUAAACACUUUGUGAAAAGCUGUAACGUGGUUGCCGGCGACGGUGUUCGCGUCGGCGCUUUGCGUGAGGUUCGGUUGGUUUCUGGACUUCCGGCUGUUUCGAGUACCGAGAGGCUUGAUAUACUUGAUGAAGAAAGGCAUGUUAUUAGUUUUAGUGUUGUUGGUGGAAUUCAUAGGCUGAGGAAUUACCGGUCGGUGACGACGCUGCACGGUGACGGGAAUGGAGGGACGGUGGUUAUUGAGUCGUAUGUGGUGGAUGUACCGCAUGGGAAUACGAAGGAAGAGACGUGUAGUUUUGUUGAUACGAUUGUGCGGUGUAAUUUGCAGUCGUUGGCUCAGAUCGCAGAGAAACUCUGAAGAAUGAAGAAAAUAAUUUUUUUUCUUUUUUUUAAUCCGGGUUUUUUUGUUUCGAAUACGGGUUUCGGGUCAGGACUCAUAUUGUUGAUAUGUAACCCGUAUUCGAAAUUGGGGGAUGGGGUAGUAGGUUUUCAUAAAAGAGAAAAAAACUGCAAUGGUAGAAUUAAGGUGAUAUAUAUAAUGUUAUAUCAUACUUGUUUUGAUAUAGUAUUAAUAUAUAUGUAAUUCUAUCGUUUAGUUUUUUUUUUUUUUUUUUUUUGAGUACAAUUUAGUUCUAUCUUUAAUUCUUGUGUAAUUUCAAUUUUUCCAUUCAUUUGGAUGGAUGGUAGCUGAUGCUUCAUUUGUACCAGAUGAAUGGUUUCUAGUGUUAAUAUAUUUAUUUAUUUAUCUUGUUUAUUUUUCAUGUAUAUCCGAGACAGAGUUGAUUAA